CUCAACACGUUUGGUGUAACAGCGGCCCCUCGUGACAUUCUCGCACACGUACACGUCCCCACUUCCUGUAAAUCUGUUGGGUGGGACUAGCGGAAGCAGCGUUCAGAUAUUUUCCCUUCGCUGUGCAGUUUGGUUGAUCUAUAUUAUUCAACAUGCCGGCGUAUCAUUCCAACUUGAUGGCAUCCGACACCAGGAUGGUGGGGAAUAUGGCUUUGCUACCACUCAAAACUCAGUUCAAGGGUCCUGCCAGAGGAGAUGGUAUUGACUCUGACAUAAUCGAUGAAGCUAUUUAUUACUUCAAGGCCAACGUUUUCUUUAAAAACUAUGAAAUUAAGGUAAGAAUUAUUUUACUAACACCACAUCUUUGCUGCAGUCAGUACACGUUUUUGAUUCUUUCUGUGCCUCAGCAGCUGUAGUCAUUCUUUCACAUGCUCUGGCUUGUUUU